AUGACUUAUUGGAGAACGUCGGCCAACUUGAUGAUUCGUGUACGCCCAAUUCAAGGAAGAACGUGCAGGGUAACUCAAGUCGGCGGUGUUGAUGCGAUAGACGUCGGUUGCUUUGCAAUCCUGAUAGAGGUACGAGAGAAUAAGUUGGACAACCUCGACAGGAAGGCUGAUAUUGGGCGACAUCAUGGAGCAAUUGUGGUGGGUCAUGACCUAUCACGAGGUGCUUGGAGGCCGGAAACAAAAGGCGCAUACGGAGCCAGGGAGGGUGUAUUAGAGAGCAUCAGCGGACACUGUCCGUGUUGUGUAGAAAAAGGACUCGCCUUGAAACUUUGGAGAGGAAACAUGCGAGCUAACGGCUAG